AAAAGUAUUCAAUAUAUGUACAUCGAAUUCUAAUUCCGCAUACCAUUACUGACAAAAUUGCUGGAAAAAAAUGAAUUUUUAUAACCAACCACCUCAACAAAAUUAUGGAAAUAGCAAUGGCGGACAAUCAUACAAUUAUAAUUUUCAAUCAACAAAUUUUGGACCUUCAAAGGGUAAUACACCAAAUCGAUAUCAACCUUACAAGAAAGUUGAAAACAAACCUAGUCAAUAUAACCAAGGUCCAGCUCUACAUAAUUAUUAUACUCCUUCACCUAUCACUCAAAAUAGAAUGGAGCAAGAAAUACAGGCAUUUUAUCAGUCUAAAGAAAUAUUUAUGACUGGUGAAGAUAUUCCAAGACCUAUAUUAUCAUUCCAAGAAGCACCACUUCCAAUGCCAAUUUUACAAACUUUGAGAGAACAAAAUUGGGAAACGCCAACUCCUAUUCAGACAGUAUCUUGGCCUCUAGGGUUAUCAGGGAGAGAUAUGGUAGCCAUUGCUCAAACUGGUUCUGGAAAAACUCUUGGAUUUAUCAUACCAGCUUUGAUUCACAUUAGUAAACAACCACCACUUAAUCGCAAUGAUGGACCUAUUUGUUUAAUACUUUGCCCAACACGGGAAUUAGCUGUUCAAGUCAAAAAUGUUGCCGAUGAAUUUGGAACACCCUUCAAAAUAAGGAAUGCUUGCAUUUAUGGUGGAGCACCUAAACACAUGCAACAAAGAGAAUUAGAAAAAAGUCCCCACAUAAUAAUAGCCUGCCCUGGACGGCUCAUGGAUUUCAUGGAAAACAACAAAACAAAUCUUAGGCGUUGUACCUUCUUAGUUCUCGAUGAAGCAGAUAGAAUGUUGGACAUGGGCUUUGAACCACCCAUCAGAAAGAUUAUCAAAAUGAUAUCUACUCCCAAUAGACAAACUCUUAUGUUCAGUGCCACCUGGCCCAAGGAAAUUCAUUCUCUUGCAAAUGAUUUUUUACAAAAUUACGUUCAAAUCAAUAUCGGUUCCAUGGAAAUUUCUGCCAAUAAAAAUAUUACUCAGAAAUUUAUCAUUUGUCAGGACCACGAGAAAGACAAAAAACUGAGUGAGAUAUUAGGAUCUGUGAUAUCAGAUGGCCAAGAACAUAAAAUGCUUAUUUUCGUUGAGACUAAGCGCUCUUGCGACACCAUGAAUAAAUCUGCCCAAAAAAUGGGAUGGCCUUCGGAUUGUAUCCACGGUGACAAGGUUCAAAGCGAACGAGAGAGAACAUUGAGAAAUUUUAGAGACGGGAAAUGUCCGAUUCUUAUCGCCACAGAUGUUGCUGCCAGGGGUCUAGACGUGGAUGAUGUAGAGUACAUAAUAAACUACGAUUUUCCGCACACCAUGGAGGAUUAUGUUCACCGCAUAGGCAGGACCGGUCGCCAAGACAAAACCGGUACAGCUUACACCCUCUUUACGCCUAAAAGCGCACGUUUUUUGGCUCAGAUUAAGAAGAUUAUUACGCAGUCUGGACAAGCUGUUCCUGCCGCCCUCGAGUCUUUACCCCCCGACUUUUAUUCCAAUUCUGGUGGGCGUAGCCUUGGAGGUGGUGGCGGAUACAGAGGAGGACGAGGCGGUGGCGGAGGUGGUGGCGGAGGAUUUAGAGGAGGGCGAGGCAACGGUGGUGGUGGAGGAUAUGGAGGAGGGCGAGGCGGUGGUGGAGGAAGAGGCGGAGGCGGUGGGAGAGGCGGAAGCGGUGGAUACUAUAAUAGAAAUGAUUCUUGGAAUUAGAUGUGCCAAAGAAGGUUUUUGUUACCCGGUGUGAAUAUAUGCGUGCCAAUUUGAUUUAUAAAUUUUAUCAACAUUUUUUUGGAAUAAAUAUUAUUGUGAUAUUAAUUCAUCUAUUCAUGCAUUGUUGCAAUACUCAUAUAAUUAUUCUAGUGUAUUUAAAAAAAUAGUAAAUAUAUAUAUCUAUUUUCUCUUGUUGCUUAUU